AUGGCGAUGCUUUCUGCGCUUUUGUGCCCUAGAUCGAUUGAACAAAAAUCGUUUUCCUACCGAUUGUUCUUGUUGGCGACGCUUGCUGCAUUUUCUGCUUCAAUCGAUUGUUCUUGUUGGCAACGCUUGCUGCGUUUUCUGCCUGCGAUGAUGGUCAUUCUGACCGAUUUAGUUUUCCGGUUGUCUUCUCCGGUUCCGAUUAAGGUUCUAGGAUUUGAAGAGGUUAAAAGGAUGUAUAAAGACGAUAACUUGUUUUGUCGAGUAAUCGAUGAAUGUAGGAAUGGCGUAAACAAAGAAACUAUUUUGCAUGAUGGAUUUUCUUUAACAACAAACGUUUAUGCAUUCCUAGAAGUUCGUUAUGAUGGGAGAUUAUUCAAAGGGGUUCGUGAUGGGGGAUUAAGCAAAUGUUUUGGGCGUGAUAAAGUUGUUGCUUUACUUAAUGAGCGCUUCUUUUGGCCCAAAGUUAAAAGAGAUGAGGAUGUGAGCAUGGAUUUUGUCAUGGGGCUACUGAGAACUCAAAGAAACAAGGAUUCUAUCAUGGUAGUUGUCGACCGAUUCUCUAAAAGGGCUUACUUUGUGCCAUGCUCUAAAACUAUUGAUGCAACUAAUGUUGCAGAUUUGUAUUUCAAGGAGAUAGUGAAAUUGCAUAGCAUUCCCAAUACCAUAACAUAUGAUCAUGACGUGAAGUUUAUUGGUCAAUUUUGGCGCACUCUUUGA